UGGUUCCACUUGUACAUAUCACUCUGUGCAGCUGCUUGGCCAUCAGGCCACUAAUCACUGAUUAUUAGGUGUGCUAUCUUUGUGACAGUCAGUUCCUUUUACUGUCUGUGUGUAGGUGACUCAGGAUUUAUCCUCAUGUAGAGGGUCAUCUCCUCUGCAGUCACCUGACCUUCACUGUGUUCUGUGCACUAAAGCAUACUCGGGCAGGACGAGGGUUAACUCUGCUCGUACCUAUACUUUUCCUCUCUAGUGUUAAAAAGUCAAUUUAUGUUGGGUUUUUUUUGUUGCCUUUUUUAAGUGCUGAUUCCCUCUCUGGACUAAUCUUAUUUAGGGGUGUGACUGACUGUUUUUUUUAUUCAGCUUUGAUUGUCCAAAUACUGGGUGUCUUGUGUGACUUUUCCAGCCAUACUUCUUUACAGCUUUCCGGAGAUCAUCCCAGCCUGUCAGGCAGUGCGUGAGUGUGACUGGUUCCUCCAUGGUGCUUUUUGGCCAAGACCAGAUGGAUGACUAGCUAGAAUUGCUAGACAAUCCCUCUGUGGUGCUAGACUGGUGUAGGCGACUGUUCCUUUGCCAUGCAUCCAGCGCCCACUACAAGCUGGCGCACUGUACUUAAGACACUGUUAAGUUCUCAAAUGUUAGCAUGUGGAAAAAUCAGCUUUUUCAUUUGGCGUCACUGAAACAUUGGUGCCAAAUUUACAACCUUGUGUAAGUAGUCUAGGCAAGGUGUGUGCAAACCUUGCUCUCUUUCGAGGGAGUAAAGGUCAAGAGAUUGUAAAUAUGACCAGUGCCUCAACAGCACUGAGGUGUAGUCCAGCCAGCCAGCUUGCUGCACGACUGUAGGUGUAGCCUUGCCUCCUAACGAGGUCAAACCGCUGCAAACUGUUUUGUGCGUGGGACUUUUGGUUGUGAGAGACUGUUAAUGUAAACAGACUGUUGUUUGCUCUUGAGGUUGGACUAUGCAGAAUAUGAGAUGUAAUAUGUUGUCUGUGCAGUAGUUAGCUGAGAGCUGACCUGCAUCUUGAUAAGCCUGGCCUUAGAUAAGAAAGGAAGCAGUACCAGAAUAUAACACUUGGCCUGUUCAUAUCACAUGGGACUGUGUCAACACUCUUCUCUCAGGUAACUGACUAUAAUCUGGGCUUGUUGUUUGAACUAGGCAGUAAUGAUAUAUCAGGGCGGGAGCAGUUGUGCAUAUAGAGGUCAGCAUAACAACAGAGAGCAGUUUUAAUCGAGCAAUUACAGCUGGGUGAGAGAAUUCACGUUUAGCUCUGAUGAUCCUCCAGCACCAUUCAGGGAACCCUGGGUUGGGAGUUCAAAUCAGACCAAUCAGUUAUCAUUACCAUCACAACAAGCCCACCGGUAGUCGUCAUCAGCCAGUGACCUACAUUCUCCAGUGUUACAUCACCACCGUGCUGCAGUGUGUCACUGUACCAGACACAGACAACAUCUCAGACUCAACCUACCACUUUCUAAUGGUGCUCCAGAAAACAAAACAUCCUAUCCUAGGUGGCCAGUUUUAGGUAACACUCAUGAACCGAGGCAGCCUCACUUGUUUUAGACAUAUCAGGCACUUCGGUCAGGAACGGGCCCAACUUUGCUGGCCCAGUCUUAAGUACUAACUUUUUUUCGUUCUCUUUUCUACUGGUGUCUAAAUAGGUGACCAUGCCUAGCCUUUAGCCACUAGCCAUACAUACAUUAGUAAGCCUCCUUGCUCUUCUUAAGCAGUUUUUGGGCUUCAUUGAGCCCUGCAGGUGCUUGCUGUAGUAUCGACCAAUUGGAGCUGUAUAUUGUGUGUGUUGCUGCUGUGGUAGUGUGCGCACCCCUCUUGCAAUCCCCUUCUUGGCUGCUAAUAGGAUUUUUAUGGGCCCGUGUAAAGCAGGAUAGAGCACCUAAGCGGAGCUGUUUCACACAUGCACGCAUGUGUGUUCACCAACAUUCACAUACAGACACAAUCUCAGAAGCAUUGUGGGCUGGGAAGGUUUACACUGCCUCACACGUGUGUAAACACACCAAAUACAAGUGCGUACCCCUCAGCUGUAACACACACUUGCGAGGGGCCGUUGAGAGACAAUCACUUGUGUUGAUUCUCCAUGGUGCUGGCGACAGCUGGAUAACUGGCCAUCACUGAGAGGCUAUUAAGUUGGGACAACAUACUCACAGAUAUUGUUUUACAUAAUGGCAAAAACACUACUCGAAGAUGAACACUUGGAGCAUGUCAUCAUCAGUCCCUGGGAACACAAUGAGCACUGAAGCAUAUUUAAAAAGUGAACUGAUGACAACAUGAUCAGCACUGGUGCUCUAUAUACAAACUAUUUUCAUCUGCAUUCUACCAUUAACUGGGACACCCCACUUUUCCUCUGCGCCUUCUCUCAUUCUGCUUUGCUUGUGGAUAAAGCCGUUUGGUUUUGGCUGCCUGGUAACAAGUGGAGGACAGACAACGAGACAGAUGGAUGCAGCUCUUAUGCUGAGGGAGACAGACAGAUGGCUGUGUGUCCUUUUAGAGAGAAACUGUGAAUACUGAAACAACGAGACUUUGAUUGAAUCACUAGAGCCUGUGUGGACUUGCGCGGAUAUAAAAACUGACACUGCAGAUUCAUUAUGGAGCUUGUCCCAAAAACCAAGUACACCCACUUUCGGAGUGAAUCGCUGAGCUCAACUGAUGAAACAAACUCCAAUCCAUCAUCAUUCCCUCCCUCCAGUCCUGCCACCCCCCUCACUCCCUCCCCUGGUUUACCUUCUUCUCUCUCCUCCUCGUCUCUCACUCCCAUCUUGCCCCCCUCUUCUCCCCGCCCUGCUGAGAACAGCCCCACCACCCUAUGCUCCUUCUUCCCCAGGAUGGGAUCCCUUCGUCUGGGUGUCUCUGCCACUCUUCUCCCAGGACUCAAGGCCUCAAGCAGACCGCAGCAGCCUCAGGCCCCUGUUGAGUACUCUGGGGAUGACAGGAGCAGUUCUGGCUCCUCCCCUCCACCUCACCACCCGGUUCUCUCUCUAACCGCUCCUUCUCCCCCUCCCCGACCCCCUCUGCAGGACAUGAACCGGCUGGGAGUGGCGUCCAGGAGGGCACGGGUGGAAGGAGGUCAGCUGGGAGGAGAUGAGUGGACGCGCCAUGGCUCCUUUGUCAACAAGCCCACCCGCGGCUGGCUGCACUCCGACAAUGUGGUCAGCACCACCGGUGUUUCCUACACUGUACGGUACAUGGGUUGCGUGGAGGUGCUCCAGUCCAUGCGAGCGCUGGACUUCAACACCAGAACUCAGGUCACUAGGGAGGCUAUCUCGGUGGUGUGUGAGGCAGUGCCCGGAGCCAAAGGAGCACAGCGCAGGAGAAAGCCUUCCUCUCGCUGUCUGACGACUAUUCUGGGGAAGAGUAACCUGCAGUUUGCUGGCAUGACAAUCAGCCUCACCAUCUCAACCAGCAGUCUCAACCUGCUGGCCUCCGACUGCAAACAGAUAAUCGCCAAUCAUCACAUGCAGUCCAUCUCCUUCGCCUCUGGAGGAGACCCAGAUACGGCUGAGUACGUAGCAUAUGUGGCCAAAGACCCAGUCAACCAGAGAGCAUGUCAUAUCCUGGAAUGUUCAGAGGGUUUAGCCCAGGAAGUCAUCAGCACCAUCGGCCAGGCCUUUGAACUGCGUUUUAAACAGUAUCUGAAGAACCCGCCCAAACUUGUAACACCUCAUGACAGAAUGGCUCCAUUUGACGGCUCUGCAUGGGAAGAAGAGGAUGAUGAGGCUGUUCCUCCUCCCGACGUCCCUUACUAUAAUAAUUUCCCUGGAAAACAGCCUCCCCCUGGUGGACUUGUUGACAUGAGGACCCGCCCAGGAGCCACACUGCCUUACGGACAGUCAAGUCAGAAUGACAUUCACAAGCAGCCUCUGCCGCCUCUGCCAGUGGGUGCCAAGGAAGGGGGACGAGAACUGUUUGAUGACCCUUCAUAUGUCAAUGUGGAUAAACCUCGACCCCCAGUUGCAGUCAAUGGAAAUGCUCACAGAGAUGCUUUUGACAUGAAGCCUUUUGAUGAUGCCCUGGGGGUCUCUGGGCAUGGUGUCCCAAGCUCAAUGACAGCAGCACCCCCUCUGGUGGAGCAGUUGCAGUGUGAGGCCUGGUUCCAUGGUAGCUUAAGUCGCAGGGAAGCGGAGAGGCUGCUGACCCGCGAUGGAGACUUCCUGGUACGGGAGUCUGGGACUACACCCGGACAGUAUGUCCUCACAGGACAGCAGGGGGGUCAGCCCAAACACCUGCUACUAGUCGACCCAGAAGGAGUGGUUCGUACAAAAGACCAUCGGUUUGAAAGUGUGAGUCACCUGAUCAGUUAUCAUAUGGACAACAGACUCCCCAUCGUAUCAGCUGGUAGCGAAGUGUGUCUGCAACAGCCAGUAGAGCGCAGGGCCUGACGGCACUCACACCAAUGAAAUACUCAACCAAAUGUACACACACCCAUACAGGAAUGCAACACACCUAACAAACAUACCUUCAUAUGCUAUAAUACACAUGGAAUCACUACACUUAACACUCACACAUACACAUCCACAAGAAUACCUUUACACACAUCAUAGCAAAGAAAGCCAAAAAAUUUUAAAAAAUCACCAGUUUCUCUGCAAAAUCACUCACUUGCUGCUGUUGCCACAUAUUCCUGUCCUUUCUGAAAGCCAAACUGUGAACUGCAGUCCCUCCUCGACCCCACCAACUGUCAGGCCAUCCCUCCAAAAUGGAGAAGCACUGCUGCAAUUUCUCAAACAGCCUACUGUGAACCAGGGAGGAGCCCUUUGCUAAUUUCAGGAUGGGGCAGAAAACAAAUGCAAUUUUUCUUUUUUUUCAAGAAAAAAAAAAAUCUAAACAUGCGAUUAUGUAAAACAACAAACAUGAACUCUACUAAUUCUUGGAAUUGUGUGUAAAAAAUAUGGUAAUGAAGAGCGGAAAAGGGGCAUCAAUGGGACAUGCAUUCGAGCGUAUGUCCCUUUAAAUCAGGGAAGUGAUUUCCCUUCUCGGACUAUUGCUUGAGCAUAUUAGGCAAAACAUAAACUGGAUGGCGGUGGUUCUUUGAUUCAGAGACUGAACCAGGCUCAAACAUAAACUCUCCCUUCAGGUGUCACUGGAGCCCCUCAGUAGCAAACCUGACUUUGAGAUCAUUCUGCUUGAUGAAUAUGCAUUAACAUGUUUGCUUCCAAUCUAAUCCGGAGGGCCAGUUUACCCCCAACCACUCCCCUUUUAAAGACUUUUGAACUUUGACCCCUGGAGUGAAUCUGGGACUGCUAUGCCAAUGACCAUCAUAUAUGUUGUUCUUCUUUUUCUUUAAACACAGGUUUCCUUAGUUUAUCUUGAGACUCAUUACUUAUCGGACAUUCUGAGUUCAGGAGGAUCUUUUCAGCUGUGUCUCCCUAAUCCCUCUGCAAACACAGAUACAAGUACACCUUGACACCACACAGUCUGCACCACCUGUCAUGCCAAAGAACAUGAACUUGGUUGCUAACAGCAGAGGAAGCCAUGGCAAUUAUCAACAGUUAUCCAUCUUGUGUGCAUUGGAAGCUCAUUUUAGAUAAAAGGAAAUGUUAAUUACAAAUGGGUCUGUUUUAGAGGGGGAAGAAAAAUCUUUUGUUAUUGUGCCUGAAUACAUCAUCAAAAAGGAGAUUUAAACGUAAACUCUGAAAUGAUGUCACCCACAAACACAUUGUGAGAAGCGUAGACCAAAUCAUUUGGGCCUAUUGCGUUUCAGUGACUCUUUAGUAUGUGUUUGCAUUGACAAUCUAUGGGCUAUAUCUGUUAGAUAUUUUGAUGGACAGUAAACAAGUCUAGUUAAAGGUGAUCCCCUUUCUACUUUGACCAAUGAGAAAUGUUGAACAGCCUAAGCAAUGAAUUUCCCUCUGCAAAAAAAGAUGCAAAGUGUGUCGCAGUGACUGGUUAAGAAGUUUUUGUGUAUUGUGAUGUUGCUUAUUUUUGAAUAAUGUCCUUUUUCUUAUACCUUGAAUCAAAUGAAGUGGGUUGGGGGGCAACUGAACAUAAGGAUAUAAGUGUUUUUGGAGGAUUGCUGUAACUAUAAGAUGUUAAGCCAAAUGUUGCUCCUCCUUGUACCGUCUUUGCAAAUAUUUGAGGACAUGGAGGUAGAAGCUCACACUAUCAUUUCCUCUGUCUCCUCCCUCAGUUCAUGAUGUUUUUUUUAAUAUCUUUUUGAUCGUGCCUUGUUUCUUCAAUGCAGUCACGUCACUUCAAUGCAGUCACCUUAUGUACUUAAUUCAAAUGUAGUCAGGAGAAUCUUACACAAACCUCUCAGUUAAAACAAAGACUCUGCAAAAAUGACACUCCAGUAAACAUACACAAACAGAUCCACUGAUGGCAAUCUCCUGUGAUGCACAUUCUUGCAUUCAGCUUAGUCACAGAUACUUGAUGUCACCAUUGGGGGGGUAUUUACCAUGUAUUUGCCAUUUGUAAAUAACAUCAAUUUUUGACUGGUAAGGUUCGUAUCUGAAUGAUUGUUUUCAUAGUUGUAUAUUUAAAGAUUUAUUUGAUAAGUAAAACAGAGCCAGACACCACAACACUGAGAUAGCGCUUACAGCCAAUCGAAUCUGUGUGUGAGAUUGAGGCCAACAUCUUGAUAUUAGAUGAGAUCUUUCAGGCUCAUGUUUAACUGUCAACUAGUUUUCAGACCCUGAAGUGAGCUCAGAUUAUGUAAUCUAACCAUACCCAGAGUGUCAGAUGGGUCAGUCAGACACUCGUACCCUGCCUGUUCACCUGUUUGUUGGUCAGAGAUAGGAAAACCAGAGCUUUAAGUUCUGCUGUGUGUGUGUGUCUGUGUGUGCUCUGACACAAACCCACCUGACCCUCUGCAUCAUUAGUGAACCAGUCUUGUGUUAUCAUUGUUCAUCACAGUUGCCUUUGUUGCAUGAAAAUCCUUUCAACAAAAAUGUGUUGUUUAUUUGGUGGUGGUGUUGAUAUUGUGGAUGAUGCUGUUGUACUUUUGAAUUUGUGUUUUUAGAAGCCAAAGGUUACUUUCAAACUGCGUGCACAGAUAUUGAUUUUUACAUGAUAUAUUUCUGUUUUAAUAUUUGUUUUUGUUUUUAGGGAAACAUUGUCUGUUUACACCUGUAUCUGAAAAUAUAGAUUGCAUAUAUAAAUACAUAUAUCAUUCA